ACGGGCUUGGGUUGUGGCUGCAGGGUGACCCGGGAGGGUGGGGCGGGGCCGAGGUGUCCACAGCCCCAGCGUCCCGGUCGCACGUACCCGGAGCGGGGAUUUCCCACCCUGCUGCGGGUUGUUGGAGGGAAAUGAAAGUGAAAGGCGGUGGAGGAGAUCGCAGCGCCAUGUCCUCGUCCCUGCUCAUCGCCGUGGCUUUGGGCCUGGCGACCGCCGUCUCGGGAGGACCCGCGGCGAUCGAGUGCUGGUUCGUGGAAGAUGCCGGUAGGGGCGGCCUGGCCCAGAGGUCCGCCGCGCUCCUGCUGCGCCACGGCCCCCGGGGGCCGCCGCCCCGGCCAGACCUCGACCCCGAGCUCUACCUCAAGGUGGACGACCCCGCGGGCGCGCUGCAGGCCGCCUUCAGGAGGUCCCCCCGGGGCGCGCCCGCGCCGCGCUGCGAGUUGAGCCACUUCGUCCCGCAGCCCGCCGCCGCCAGGUGGGCCCAGGGGCUGGUCCCUGAGCGCAACUGCCCGAGGGCCCUUGACGGGGCCUGGCUGGUGGUCAGCAUGUCCAGCUCGGUCCUCAGCCUCUCCAGCCUCCUGAUCCGGCAGCCAGAGCCUAGAAGGGAGCCCGUGCCCGUCACCAUGGCAACAGUGGUGCUGACGGUCGUUACCCACAACCCGGCCCCUCGGAUCCGACUAGGGAAGGAUGCUGUGCUGGACUUGAGCUUCGCCUACAUGCCCCCCACCCCGGAAGCUGCUGCUCCUCUAGCUCCAGGGCCUCCGCCUUUUGGGCUGGAAUGGCGGCGCCAGCACAUGGGUGAGGGGCACCUGCUCUUGGCUGCAACUCCUGGGCUGGAUGGACUGGUGCCACCAGCUCAAGAGGGGGCCGUGGCAUUUGCUGCUUGGGAUGAUGAUGAUCCCUGGGGCCCAUGGACCGGGAAUGGGACCCUUUGGCUGCCUGCAGUUCAGCCCUUUCAAGAGGGUGCAUACCUGGCCACCAUACAUCUGCCCUACCUGCAAGGACAGGUUGUCCUGGACCUCACCAUGCACAAGCCCCCUAAAGUGUCACUAACACCAGCACCCCUUGUAUGGGCCACCCCAGGGGAGACACCCCCAGAGCUGGUCUGUCUCGUGUCCCACUUCUACCCUUCGGCGGGUCUGGAGGUGGAGUGGGAGGCCCUGGGAGGCCCGGAAGGUGGCUCUCGGAAGGCUGGGGGACGGAGGUGGCUCUCUGCCUUCCGCCACCAUUCGGAUGGCUCCGUCAGCAUCUCUGCGCACCUGCGGCUACCCCCAGUCACCAGCAAGCAGCACAGGACCCGCUAUGCCUGUCGUGUCCGCCACCCCAGCCUGCCGGGCCCUAGGCGCAGUGCGGAAGUCUCUCUGGAGGUAGCAGGUCUUUCCGGCCCUUCUGUGGAGGACGGCGCAGGCCUGUUCCUUUCUGCUUUUCUUCUCAUGGGGCUCAUCAAGGCCACAGGCUGUGUAGGUUCGUUUGCCUACCUGACCACCGGCAAGGACUCCAAGGAGAAGAAAACGCAAUGAAGGCACUCGCUAUCCUGUGGAAGCCACCAUCUUCUCUGGCCCAAACUACUAUAGUAGCUCCCCGAAACAGUACCCCAUCUUCUAUGUCCACUGAGUGGAUGGGACGUUCUCUCUCUCAAAGACAACCCUUACGGCGUUCUUAAAAGGCCUAGAGCAGUAGUUCCCAAAACGUUCUAUUUCAGGAGCUCUUAAGAUUAUUUCAAAACUCCAGUGCGCUGUAGGUUAUAGCUGCUGCUGGUCGCUACACACUAAGUAGCCCUGGAAACCCCACUGCAAAUUCUUAGAGAACUGAAAGGAAAACGAUAUAAGUAACAUCCAUGUCCCGGGACCUCUGGGACAGCCCUCACCUGGACAACCAGUGGUCUAGGGCGAGCCCCGCUGUUCUCGUGGCCGUCCUCUCAAGGACAGCUACUCCUGUCCUCCGGCGAGCCAAACGCCUCUCGGAUCCCGAGGCCCUGUGCCCUCUGCCAGGCCCGCCUUCCCUGGGGCCUAGACCAGCUCAGCCUCGUCCUUCCCUGGGCCUCUCCCCCGUGUCCCUAUCGUGAGGUUCCACCCUCGUGUUCGAGUGACUGCGCGUCCGGGGGGCACGUCGGUCUCCCGCCCAGGGCCGCGCGGCUCCGCAGGACGCUGGGCUGCGGGUCCGGGCGGGAAUAAAGCUGAGUUCCAGCGCU